AUGGUCGUUAAAGAAUAUGUGACCUAUAACCAGGUCCACAAACUAUGUCAAGAAGCCGCACCACGCAUUCUCGAUGAUUUCCAACCCCAACUCAUGAUCGCUAUUGGCGGUGGUGGAUAUGUGCCAGCCCGUAUUCUGCGAUCCUUUCUAAAACAGCCCGGAAGUCCCAAUAUUCCUAUUCAAGCCAUCGGGCUUUCGCUUUACGAACAGCUUCCUCCUACACACCCAUCUGCUUCAAGUACACCAGGAGAGGUGGAACAACUGGGCACAAAGGUUACGAGAACUCAAUGGUUAGAUUUGAACAGUCUAGGUAACAUGGAGAACUUGGUGGGAAAGAGGAUUUUGAUUGUCGAUGAAGUGGAUGAUACAAGAACAACUUUGGAGUAUGCUGUUAAGGAGUUAGAGAAGGAUGUUGAGCUUGCUAGACAGAAGCUGGGUGGACAAGGAGAGAAGACCGUCUUCUCUAUUUUCGUAUUACAUAACAAGAACAAGGAGAAGAAAGGUACACUUCCCGAGGAUAUGUUGAAGGAUAAUAGAUAUCUCGCCGCAAGAACCGUGGAGGAUGUAUGGAUUUGUUAUCCUUGGGAGGCUCAGGACAUUGAAGAGCAUGAUGAAUUGGCUCGCCAACAACAACCUGCUCAAUAG